GUUCGUGUGGUCAGCAAUGGCCAGCUCCGGCGAGGACGAGCCCAAGUUCCACUUGGUGCGCUCCCGGCGGUUUGGCGAUGACGUCACCGAUGCGGCCGGCCGGGAGUGGGAGGUAUCAGCUGGAAGCGAGGACAAUUGGCGGUAAUCGUGGGGAGAACGCAGCAUGUGACGGCGCGGACUGAAGAGCCGGGCGGCAGCGGGCGGUUAUGGGCAGGGUCAGCAUGGAGACACCACGCAGGACGACAGGGCAAGGGAUUGCCUGACGAUGCACACUUUGAACAAGGAGGAUAGAAAUGAAUAUGUGGAUCCCUUCUGCUGUUCAGAGAAACCGCAAAAAUUGCAGUUUUCUGACAUUACAUCUGCCGCUUUCAAGAUCAAGACUGGUGUAAUGGUCACACCAUGCAUGAAAUCGCACUUAUCACAGCUGACUGGAAUGAAAGUUUUCUUGAAGAAAGACUUUAUGCAAUACACCGGAAGCUUCAAGGAGCGGGGCGCGCGCUACGCGCUGCUCAUGCUGGCGGAGGGCAAGCGCGCGCACGGGGUGAUCUCGGCGUCACUGGGCAACCACGCGCUCGCGCUCUGCUACCACGGCCACGACCUGGGCAUCCCGGUCACCGUCGUCAUGCCCAUCGUCGCGCCCAUCAUGAAGAUCCAGGCGUGCCGGCAGUACGGCGCCACCGUCGUCGUGCAAGGCAACGACAUGGGCGAGGCCAAGAGGCUGGCCCUCAAGCUGUCUGCCGAGCGCGGGCUCACCUACAUCAACGGGUACGACCACCCGCACAUCAUGGCCGGCCAAGGCACGAUGGGGCUGGAGAUAGUGGAGCAAGUGGCCGACAUCGACGCCGUCGUAGUGCCGGUGGGCGGCGGCGGGCUGAUCGCGGGUGUCGCGCUGGCCGUCAAGACGCUCUUCCCCAACACCAAGAUAAUAGGCGUGGAGUCUGAGAAGUGCCCCAGUUUUUCUGCAGCUAUCAAAGCAGGAAUGCCUGUGGACACAGGAAUCAAGUCUACACUAGCAGACGGCUUGGCUGUUCCAUUCGUCGGAUACAAUGCCUUCGCGACAGCUGCUCCUUUAAUCGAUAAGAUGGUGGUGGUGAAAGAGGAGUGGAUUGCGGUAGCUAUCCUACGCCUUGUGGAGCUGGAAAAGUGCGUCGUGGAAGGAGCGGGCGCUGCGGGUUUAGCGGCCAUCCUGGCCGGCCACCUGGAUGAGAUGAAAGGCAAAAGGGUGGUAUUGCCUCUCUGUGGAGGUAACAUAGAUACAACGAUCCUGGGCCGAUGUCUGGAACGAGGACUGGCGGUGGAUGGCAGGCUUCUCAAGUUCACAGUGACAGUUAGCGACCGACCAGGAGGUAUAUCUGAGCUUUGCAAGCUCGUUGCCUCGCUUGGCGUCUCCAUCAAAGACAUUAUCCACGAGAGAGCCUGGAUACAAUCCGACAUUUUCAGUGUAAAGGUGAAGGUGGUGUGCGAGACCAGGGACAUGAUCCAUGCGGCCGAGCUCAAGCAGAAGCUGAACGCGCACUACAGCUCGGUGUCGUUCGGCAAGAUCCCUUCCCCGGACGAGGAGGCCGUCGACGACGUGUGAAGCCCGCUGCUGCUGCUGCUGCUGCUGCUGCUGGAACGCUUGUCCGCUCUGACCCGCCCACACCAAGCUCUCACGAAGGAGUUGUAACUAGGGACAUGUAUUUUUCGCGAAACGAAUUCCAGACUAUAUGUUAAAACUUUGUAAUUAAGUGUUAAAAUUGCACGUUUAAUAUUUUUAUAUUAAUAUAAGUAGGUGUCUAUAUAAAUUAACGAUUUACAAAUAAUUUUAAUGGAUUAAAAGCAAACGCCUCCUGAAUGGCCCGGCCAAAUAGGGCAAUAGUUUCUCUUGCAAACGGCCGCCAAUUACAAGGAAAAUCGCUAGCACUUCUAAUCUAGUAAUCUAAUGAGCGAUCAGGUUAUAUCGUGAAAACUACAUGCUCCUAGUUAACCCACGCGUGAACUCUUAGAAAUUACACUAAAUUUACAAACUUUGAAAGAAGAAUUUAACUGGAAAAAACAAAGGGUUGUUCGUAAUUUCAAAUAAAUAAACUUUCGCAGAAACUACGCCUUAUUUAAACUUUCCAAGUGUAUGUUUCGAUCCAAACAAGGGAAAAAUAAGAGUGCUUUUGCUGGUGAACUUAGUGUCUGUAAAUUUACGAAAAUCCCUCGAUAAUUUGUACCAGCGUUAUUCGUAAAUUGAAGGUGAAAAAUUUUUAUAGUGUGGAAGCUGCACAGUAAAUAAAAAAAGUUGCCCCCGAUCUUAACGGUUUAUUCAUCAAGUCAAACGCAGCUGGCAGGCGUGCGGCACCUUUUAUGUUCUAGUUUCAAUUCAAUAAAUGUUUCAAAUUUCAUUGAUAUCCCAUUUAAAUAUAUUCUGCGUCAAAGUACUAUUUUAAUUUAACGAUUUGAAAAAACAAGUGUGUCUUUUUAAGUGUCACGUGUAGGGCUGGAUUCACAAUUGAAAAAAGUAACAGUAUCAGUAGGUCACAUACACAAGUUUUGAACGCCAUGUUUUCUUAACCUUCUGAUUCACAACUAUACACAGAACGGCCGUAUGCAAGGUAAAGAGGUCGUGCGCAUAGGAGAGAAAUGAAUAUAUUUUUUUUAUUUCUGUCACAGACGCAUGGUGCAACAACUAGUGUAUCAUUUUGACGGGAGUUUAGAACUACUGUAUUUAUAUUUAUUUAUCUUAGGGUGGUUGGAAAUUAUCAAGUCAUAACUUUGUUCAGGUAAUUCUUCCUUUGCAUAUUAUCACCAUAAUUAUUUAGAUAAGUAAAUCGUGAUAAAUAUUUAAAAAUAAUAUUUAAAAUAGUAUUAAGGUUUCUUUAAUGGUGUUUAUUAAAAUUUUUGUUUAACUUAUCAUAACCUAAAAAAAUGUUAUGAUUUGGAAAAUAGUGUUUACAGUUUGCUGGAAAGCUGUCGCGGAAAAUUGAUGCUUAAAAUAUUUAUUUCCUAACCUACCAACGGAGGUUUUUUUCAUCGCGAAAGUUCAUUUGCUAAAGUUAUCAAAUAAGAAUUCAAUUGUGAACCAGUUUUGCAUAGGUAGUGUGCACAGGUCAAGUGAAUGGUCUGAUAUACACUCGCAUAUGUUUCUUAAUUGUGAACCCAGCUUAAACAAGCGGAUGUGAAAUCGUGUGCAUCAAACCAGUGUUGCUAACAUAAACCAAUGUUGGCCCCUUGCUUAUAAUUCAAGAUUCGGUCUGUAUCCAUCAUUAGUCUAUGGCCUGAACCCCAAAAUGAUGGCCUCACAUUGGCUUGCCGCAUCUUUUCGGCAAAGCUGAACUCGUCGAUCAUUGUUAUCAUCAUAAAUAUUACUUUCAUUUAUCUUAACAUUUUUCUAGUGGAAUGUUAAAGGGGAAAUAUAUUGCUAUGACAUUUGUAUGGCUGUAGAAUAAAUGAUUUUAUUUCUUUUUUUUGAAA